GACAGGAGUGCGCGGGACAUCGGCACACCGGGGCCGGGUCAGGGAGCUGUAAGGAUGGAGAUCCGACCGGACAGGUUUAAGGCGGCGGCGGGGAAAACUCUGGGGAAAAUUCACAGGCUGAUAGAGAAGCGGCAGGCCAAUGGAGAAACCAUCGAGUUAUCAGCGGAGGGCCGCCCUGAGCUGGUGGAGGAGAAAGAGCUGCCGGUGGUGGACUGCACCUGCUUCGGUUUGCCCAGGCGCUACAUCAUCGCCAUCCUGUCUGGCCUGGGGUUCUGCAUCUCCUUCGGCAUCCGGUGCAACCUGGGUGUGGCCAUCGUGAGCAUGGUCAACGACCACACUGUCUACAAAGGCAACAAGGAAGUUCUUGUGGCUGCACAGUUCAGCUGGGACCCUGAGACAGUGGGGAUGAUCCAUGGCUCCUUCUUCUGGGGCUACAUUGUCACUCAGAUCCCAGGAGGCUUUAUAUGUCAAAAAUUUGCAGCCAACAGAGUGUUCGGCUUUGCCAUAGUGGCCACCUCUGUCCUCAACAUGCUGAUUCCAUCUGCCGCUCGCUGCCAUUACAGCUGUGUCAUACUGGUCAGGAUAUGCCAGGGCCUUGUUGAGGGUGUAUCAUACCCAGCCUGCCACGGGAUCUGGGCCAAGUGGGCGCCGCCACUGGAGAGAAGUCGAUUGGCCACAACAGCCUUUUGUGGAUCCUAUGCAGGGGCUGUGGUGGCCAUGCCUUUAGCUGGGAUACUGGUGCAAUACACUGGGUGGCCUUCGGUAUUCUACGUCUAUGGCUGUUUUGGGAUAUUCUGGUAUUUGUUCUGGAUCCUGGUGUCGUACGAGAGUCCUGCAGCACAUCCCACCAUCACAACAGAGGAGAGGAAGUACAUCGAAGAUGCAAUCGGAGAGUCUGCAUCAUUUCUCAACCCUCUGCAUAAAUUCAAAACCCCGUGGAAACACUUCUUCACCUCCAUGCCAGUCUACGCCAUCAUUGUGGCCAACUUCUGCAGGAGCUGGACCUUCUACCUGCUGCUCAUCAGCCAGCCGGCCUACUUUGAAGAGGUCUUCGGCUUCGAGAUCAGCAAGGUGGGCAUGGUGUCCGCUUUGCCCCAUCUGGUGAUGACAAUCAUUGUGCCAAUUGGAGGCCAGUUGGCCGACUACCUGAGAACCCACAACCUGAUGUCCACCACCAACGUCCGGAAGAUGAUGAACUGCGGAGGUUUUGGGAUGGAGGCGACCCUCCUGCUGGUGGUGGGAUUCUCUCACACUAAAGGUGUUGCCAUUUCUUUCCUGGUCCUCGCGGUGGGCUUCAGUGGAUUUGCAAUCUCAGGGUUUAAUGUCAAUCACUUGGACAUCGCCCCUCGAUACGCCAGCAUACUGAUGGGCAUCUCAAACGGGGUGGGAACAUUAUCAGGAAUGGUUUGUCCUCUCAUAGUCGGAGCCAUGACCAAACACAAGACACGUGACGAGUGGAAGUAUGUCUUCCUUAUAGCUGCCCUCGUUCAUUAUGGAGGAGUGAUUUUCUAUGGAAUCUUUGCGUCAGGAGAGAAGCAGCCAUGGGCGGACAUAGAAGACACCAGCGAAGAGAAGUGUGGCAUCAUCGACGAGGAUGAACUGGCCAAUGAGACAGAGGAGCUCUACCGUGGAGGCGGGCAGUACGGGGCCAUGAGCAAGCCCGUGGUGGGUUCUAACGGGGGCGGAGGAGGAGGUGGAGGAGGAGGGGGAGGAGGAGGAGCCGGAGCCGGGUGGGUGUCGGACUGGGAUAAGUCUGAGGAGUAUGUUCAACCGCCUGGAUACAACUCUUACAGGCACGGCGGAGAGGAGGAGAGGGAGCAGACACCGAAGAGCAACGUGAUCCAACAAAUAAUCAAUAAAUAAAUCAAUCAAAUCGAGAUAAAGGAAAAGAGGAAGAUUCUAAGAGUCACUGCAACACUGAAUGGACCUACUGUGUGCUUGUGUACAGUAUUAACUGCUGCACAUAUCAAGAGUAUGCAUUCAAUUAAUUCCAUUGUGCGUGUGUGUGUGUGUGUGUGUGUGUGUGUAUGUGUUUGUGUUUGUGUGAGUGUAAGCAUUGCAUGAAGGUUUUAGUUGUUAACGUUCACAAACACAUCCAGUAUUCAUCUGCAAUAAAUCUCCCAGACUUCCUUCCUGCUCUUGGGCUCUUGAUGAUUGGUCGGGAGCAUUGUUUCCACAACUUUGCUGAGGAGAUUCUGUGUGUGUGUGUGUGUGCUGGUGGGCUUUUUGCGUAUACAGCAAGUCUCUCAAGCCACUGGAGUUGUGUGGCAUUUAAAUUUGUAUGUGUAAGCCACCAUCCUGCUGGUUAAGCACCUUUGGGGCCUUGGUUUCUAAACGUAAUUUUCUUCAGCUGACAGCAAUAUCAAUUUAAAUUUAAAAAACAGCAAAUUCUCUCUUCAUCUCAGUCUGUAUUACUGUCGAGGUUCUCAGAUAUUAUAGAAAUGAUAAAACAGGCUGCCCUAAAUGUGUUUUUGUAUGUGUGUGUGUGUGUUUGUGUGUGCAAGGGCGCGCGCACGAAGCUGCAAUGUGGUGUAUCGCUGAAUCUCACCUGGGCCUGACCUAACUAGGUCACGUCCAGCCAGGCCUGUGGGUCACAAAGCACACGUUACGACUCAUUCAUCUGACUCUUGUGACUUUUCCAUUUAGUGUGUGUCUGUGUGUGUGUGGUCGUGUGUGUGGUCGUGUGAGUGGGUGUGUGUCAUCUCUUUGGAGAGUUGGCCCAGGAUGACAAGUAGAGAGUGAUAGUUCCACCACUUAACCAGUGUGAGGAGCAAUCGUUAUAAUAUUCCCGGGCAUCACAGCUCGUGCUGCCUCUGCUGCUGCCUCUCCCUCCGUUUACCUCCCUGUGUUUUCUUCUUCUCAUCCUUUCAUCUGUCUGUACCGUGUCUCUAAAUGUCAUGUUUGAGUUGGUGGGUCAGAGUGUGUAUGUGUGUGUGUGUGUGUCGUGUUGGGUGCAGGUGCUGCAACAUUGUGCGGUGAGCAUGUUUUAAUGGGCACAGCAGCGCUUUACGGCGUCAUCUCUCUCUUCCUUUUACUCAUGUAACACAUGUAGGUUGCAGAUUCUAUGCCAGCACAGUCAAGUUGUCCGUGUGCCGUGUGCGGAGGGAGUGGUGGCACAAUAUGUGACGUGGCAGUGAAGAGCAUUGAAACAGGGUGGUCUCGGCAAAUAUUCAUCAUCAUACAUCAUCAGAGGGUGGGGUUUAAGGUUCGCUGACAAUCACGGCCAAUCACAUUAGCUCAUCUCAUGCCCUCAAUUUAAAAGUGUUAUCCUUGUCACCUUAAUGCAGCAGAGGUGAAGAGGUCAGAGGUGCAACAGCAUCCAGGAGGGAAACCAAACUGUGCAACAGCUUUUUGCAUCUGCACCUAGACAGAGCCAAAGUGCAUUCCUCCACCAAGGACCAAGACGAUUUCACACACUCAUAGAUAUCCUGUCCAGUAUUUAUGCUUGAUUCUUUUCAUCACAAUCAUGAAUUAUCCCAAAUGGUGAUAACACAAUGUUAAAGAAGGUGAAAGAAAUUCUUGGAUCCGUCCUCGAUCCAUAUCCAGAAUAAAUAUUUAAAAUCUAAAUUCAAAAGGUUCCUCACUGACCCAUACUGCAUCCUUCCACCAAGUUCUGUGCUAAUCAGUCCAGUAGUUUUUUGCGUAAUCGUGCUUUCAGGGGUGAAACCUCCUUGGCAGAGGCAACAACUUGUGCAUGCACACAGACACACAAACAAGUUAUGCUUUCUGCUUGUUCUCACAGGUCAUGUGCUGACACUUAAUGUUUUACUUUUAAGAUUAAAAGCAUAUUUGCAGGCAGCUCUUUCUCAGACCGGGAAUCCAUUUCUGUUUAACUUUAGGUUUGUGAUAUGAGUGGAGUGAAAGUGGAAGAGUGGAAUGUUAAAAUAUCCAGAAUCAUCUGAAUCAAAUGAGGGUUUAAUGGGAAAAUGUGUCAAUAAAUUAUCUUGAAACGUGACAAAGGCAAAUCACCAUUGAGUUUUGAGUGACACGUCUCAAAGACAUGAAUGAUCAUUCCUUUUUUAAAUGUCGUAUCAAUGUAUUUCUGAUCAAGUUUCUUCUG